AUGCCGGGCCAAGACAAGAAAAAAUCCAAGAAGGCCGGCGCCAAAGGCGAAGCUGGACCCGCCAUUACGGAUCCGCGUUUUGCCAACAUUCAGACCGACCCUCGUUAUCGCCUCCCCAGCAAACGCCAGACCCAUGUCAAACUCGACAAGCGUUUUGCGCACGUGCUGCACGACAAAGAUUUCUCCCGCAACGCUGCUGUAGAUAGAUAUGGACGCAGGCUGGCGAAAGAUGAUACCAAGAAACAUCUGAAGAAGUUCUACCGUUUGGACGAGGACGACGAGGACGAGGACAUGAGCGCCGAUGAUGACGACGAAGUCCAAAAAGAAUUGAAACGAGUUGAGUCCCGACUAUACGACCCUGCACGUGAUGGCGGAUUCUCGUCUUCUUCCUCAGAAGAAAGCUCGAGUGAAGAGGAGGAAGAGGAAGAAGAAGCAGAGAACGAGGACGACGAAAUAGAGUUCCCGGACAAGCAGCAGAGCAAUGUGCCGCUUGGAGAUGUGACAAACCGGAUAGCUGUCGUCAACCUGGACUGGGAUAACAUCCGAGCGGAGGAUCUGAUGGCGGUCUUUGCCAGUUUUCUGCCAACCGGAGGUCGGGUUUCGAAGGUGGCUGUCUAUCCCAGUGAAUUUGGCAGAGAGCGGCUGGAGAAAGAAGAAACCGAGGGUCCUCCUAAAGAGAUCUUUGCAUCUGAGGGCAAGGACAAUGCCAACGAUGAUGAAGAGGAUUCGGACGAGGAGCAAAUGGACUCAGACGACGAGGAGGAACAGAUCAAAAAAUCGAUGUUAAAGAGCGACGACGGCGAAGAGUUUAACUCGACCCAGUUACGGCGGUACCAGCUGGAGCGACUACGCUAUUACUACGCUAUUCUCACCUUUUCCUCUAAGGAUGUUGCGAAGCACGUCUACGACCUGGUGGACGGAGCAGAGUAUCUAUCAAGCGCCAACUUCUUCGACCUCCGCUUCGUCCCUGAGGACACCGACUUUUCAGACGACAAGCCCCGAGACCAGUGUUCCCGUAUUCCGGACGGUUACAAGCCCAACGAUUUCGUGACGGAUGCCCUGCAGCACAGCAAAGUCAAGUUGACGUGGGAUACAGAAGACAAGUCACGGAAGGAGGCUCAAGCGCGGGCAUUCCGGGGUUCGCGGCAAGACAUUGACGAAAACGACCUAAAAGCUUAUCUUGGAAGUGAUAGCUCCGAGGAUGAGGAUGAGGAAGAUGGAGGAGUGGAAGUGGUGGACAAUACUACCGGGGAAGGGUCGAGCCAGAAGGUUUCCAAGCGUGAGGCCGAGAGGCAGCGCAUGCGGGCCUUGCUCGGCCUAAGUACAGAGCCGGCUCGCCCCUCCAAGUCCGACGGCCCAGUCGGCGAGAUGGAAGUGACUUUUACAUCAGGACUUGCUGGUGGCCACGGCAAGGAUACCAUCUUCGAGAACGAACCAAAGGUUGAAGAAAACACGAUGGAUAAAUACGUGCGGAAGGAGCGCGAGCGCAAGAAGCGCAGAAAGGAGAAGUUGAAAGCCGCUAAACGGGGCGAGGAUCCUUCCAGCGCAGAUGUUAAGGAGACCGAUGAGGCCGUGAGUAGCGACGGCAACGAACCUGCUUUGGCCGCGUCGCCGCGGGAAGAACAAGAAGACAUGGGCUUCAAUGACCCAUUCUUCGACAACCCCGACACCAAAGCUGCUUCAGCAGCCCAGCGCAAGGAAGAAAAGCGCAAGAAGCGUGCCGAGCGUGCAGCCGAAGAAGCAGCCUCUGCCGCUCAACGGGCCGAGCUGGAGCUCCUGAUGAUGGACGACAAGAAGGCGGAGAUCAAACACUUCGAUAUGAACGAGAUCGAAAAGGCCGAGAAGCAGGCCCGGCGCAAGAAGGGCAAGGGCAAGGGUAAGGGCAAGGCCCAGGAGCCUACGGAGGACAACUUCAACGUGGACAUCAAUGAUCCCCGGUUUUCCCGUCUGUUCGAGAGUCACGAGUUUGCCAUCGACCCCACCCAUCCCCGGUUCAAGGCGACCUCCGGCAUGAAGGCCAUGCUGGACGAGGGCCGUAAGCGUCGGCGCACCCGGGAUGAUGGGGAGGCUGAGGCAGCACCGGAGAGUCGGGAGCGCAAGAAAAAGCAGAAGGCAUCCAACGGCUCGGAGGACCUGAAGCGACUGGUGGACAAGGUCAAACGGCAGUCGCAGACAUGA